GGGAAAAUGCCGAAAGCAGCACCGGUACGCCGAAGCACUCGCGUCAAAUCUCGGGAAACCCCAGGAUACAGUCGUAAUGAGACGAGACGGAAGCCAUCGAAGAAGCCAUCGAAGAAGACACCAAAGGAGGACACUGUUACGCCGUUCGUUCGCACACAGCAGGACUCAAGCAACGAUCCAAACCGGAGGAUACGGCCGUUCAACUUGCCACGCGAGCUGACCCAACACAUAUCUUCGUUCUUAUCAUUGGCAGAACGCAUCUGUUUCACAUUGACCUGCAAAGAGGCGGCGGAGACCGUAGGGUCAGAUAUAUGGGCAACGUUCAAGGGCGUUAAACGCUUGUACUAUAAUCAUCAGCUUAUUGCGGAUCGCGACGAGCUGUGCCAGUUGCUGUCAAAAGAUUUGGGCGCAUUGGUAUUCCAUUGCAAAAACUGCGGUGUCAUGCACCCGACACAGAUGUUACCGCCUCGGCUUCGGCGUACAGCAAAAUGGACAACCUUUUGUCUAGGACACAACGCCGAAAUUGACUAUCUUCCCUCCAACGGCAGCACCGGGUAUGUGCUCACUUUCGAACACAUCUUGAGGGCGAUGAAAGAAUCAGAAGGGCGAAUCGACCAUGAAAAGCAAGGUCCAAUCAUUGAGCUGCUCGGAGGCGACUUGACCGUUGAAAAACCAGAACAGAAUCUCACUUGGCGUAUGAACUCUUCCGGACGAUACAUUGGUGGUAAAUUGAUAUUCAAACAUGUUCACUUUUUCCAAAACCUGGAGAGGCAGCCGUUACGUCCAAAACAAGUUUUGGAUUUACCAGUCAGAUUGUGUCCACAUCAGUCCACUACAACGGCUCUACCGGUGAAGUCACGAUCCAUCAAUUCGCACAAUGCGAAUGGGUCCCUACUUACACAUGCUAUCACUUCUGUCUUUCCAGAAGCGUCACGGAAGGGUGUCGAUAUGAGCGUAUUCCGAGCCCCGACAAAAACAGAGCUCGAGCAGAUGUCAGCGGCCAAGACUGGGGGUGGUUACAUUUACAAGUGCCGGUCAUGCCCAACCAAGUACCGUGUAGAGUUCGCUGCGGGAGAACUGAGGAUCAUAGCUUGGCAGUGCUUUGGGAAGGACCCUGCACAGGCCAGCAAAUACUGGAAGUGGUUCGUCAGACGGGAAGGAUAUUCACUGGGCAUAGACAAACGCAACGACGAGUGGUGGAGUCAUGGCAGAAGUAUUCCAGACUUUCUCGUAAAUGAAGACUGA